AUGGGCCUCCCGCUGCGCAGCGCCGCAGCGACCACCCCAUCGAGGCCGGUUCAGCAAGCGCGGGGCGCGGAGCGAACCUUCGGCGGCGUGGCAGCUGGGGGACAGCGGCAGCCAGGCCGCCCGAAGCCCUCGAGGAUGGAGGUCCUGGACGAGUUCGACAGCGAGUUCCCCCAGAGUGUGGCCUUCUGCCAGCUCAUCUCGGAGGAGGACUUCGAGAGGCAGGCGGUGACUUACACGGAGCGCGCGCUGCGCCGCCUCUUCCGCAGCAUCGACCGCAACCCGGCGCUGGCCGAGAGGGUGGUGCGCAAGGGCAAGCAGGCAGAGUGCGAGCAGCGCGGGAUCCUUUCCUUCCUUUGGGCCAAAUUCUCCAGCGCCAUCCAGGGGGAGCUGAACUGUUGCAACAGCAUGGGCGUCCGGGAGAUGCAUCGGCGCCUGGAGCAGCUGAAGAGGCGCAUCCACCGCGUGCACCUCUACUCCCAGGAUGCCAAGAAGAAGAGAAGGAAGCCAAAAGCAAAGAAACCAGAGCCUAUCAUCUUGCGAGAUCAGUCGACCUCCCCGUGCCUACCACCGACCCUGCUGCCACCUCCGCCACUGCCACCACCUGCCACCACCAUGACCUCCAUGGUGGCACCAUCACCUCCUGUCUACACCAUGCCCAGGGUCUUUGGCCCCUUCCCUCCGCUGCCUAGCACAUCGGUGGAGAAAUUGGAAGCUUCAGAGUCUGAGGUGAAAUUGAAAUGGACAGGCCUGCCAUCAAACCCCAAGAGCCGCAUGGUUGAUUUGACCCCCUUGGUGCUCAAUCCUGGAGGCUUCCACUUCUCCUACCUGGCCAGGAACAGCAUGCCCAAGCUCCACUGCCCGGGAUUUCCCUGGACCGCAGCCUGUAGUGGCUUGCCCAGCACCGAGGAGAUGCCAUCGUCUUCUGUGAAGGCCUCCAUCUUCACGCCGCCUGUCCUGCUCAAGUUCCAGCCUGUGCCCCACCCCCAAGAUGACUCAGAGAAUGACCCUGGCAGCGUGGACCCUGUGCCCCACCAGAGGGACCCGUAACCUCUCUUGUGCAAAGCACGGCCAGAGAAAUGAAUAAAUUUCCCCCGGAGGUGCCUUCCUUGUGCCUUGCUCCCCAGGGACCAUGCUGUCCCUUGGGCUU